AUGGAAGAAAUUGAAGAAGCAUGUAAGAGACUGAAGAAGGAAAUUGAUAACCUGGGACAUGAAGUAGGCAAGCUCCGCUGCAUCCCUCUAUAUGCAACUCUUCCUCCACAGCAGCGCAUCUUUGACGCUCCUCCAGCAAAACGCCCUAAUGGUGCUAUUGGGCGCAAGUGUGUGGUGUCCACCAACAUUGCUGAAACAUCUCCUACCAUUGAUGGUGUGGUGUUUGUGAUAGAUCCUGGAUUUUCCAAGCAGGUGUACAAUCCCCGUAUCCGUGUGGAGUCACUGUUAGUUUCUGCUAUAUCAAAAGCCAGUUCACAGCAGAGAGCUGGCUGUGCUGGUCGUACAUGUCCUGGCAAGUGUUUCAGAUUGUACACAGAGGAAGCUUAUCAAACUGAAAUGCAAGACAAUACCUACCCUGAAAUCCUGAGGUCCAACCUUGGUACUGUGGUGCUACAGCUGAAGAAGUUGGGCAUUGAUGGAUGUGAGAAGAACACUUUUACUGUCAAAGAAAGAGUUGCACAUUUCAUGACUAAUGCAUGA